AUGUCCCUCUUCCGACACAUCCCCGUCCUGGCGCGGGCCGCCGCCGCACAGCCAGCGCCCGCCUCGCUGCGCACCCUUGCCACCUCGUCCGUGUGGCGCAACGCAUCCUCCUCGUCCUCGUCGUCCAGCGCACCCGCGCCCGUCUCGAGCACCCAGCCGGAACAGGAGCGUGACCUCGCCGCAGAGCAGGUUGCACGACACGACCAGGCCAUCACCGCCGACCUUGCCAGCAGCGCUCCCGCCGAGCUCAACCAGCGCAGCGUGCGCAUCUUCCGUCCUGCCAAGACUGCCAACUCUUCCGGCAAGGCCGGAACCAAGGUCUGGAGGGUCGACUGGGACAUUCUCCAGGGCAGCGCUCGUUGGGAGAACCCGCUCAUGGGCUGGGCAUCCUCCGGCGACUACAUGCAGGGCACGUCGCUCAAGUUCCGCACAAAGGAGGACGCCGUGCACUUUUGCGAAAAGCAGGGAUGGGACUACCACAUCCAGGAGCCCAAGGUGGCCCGCAUCCCGCCCAAGAGCUACGCCGCAAACUACGACUACAACCCCAAGAAGCUCCGCAUCCACCACACAAAGUGA